CUCUCCUGAGGCUCCGCCUCCAGGCCGGCUUGUUUUCCGCGCCCGGGCACUCGCGGCGUUCGCAAAGGCGGCCACGGGGCUUGGAACUUGCGAUGGGGCUUCCCGAGGAGCGGGGCCGGAGCGGCAGCGGGAGCCGCAACGAGAGCGGGAGCCGGGAGGAAGCGGGAGCCGGGGAUCGGGCUCGGAGCUGGUCUCCGCCGCCCGAGGUCAGACGCUCCGCGCACGUCCCCUCGCUGCAGCGCUACCGCGAGCUGCACCGGAGCUCCGUGGAGGAGCCGCGGGAAUUUUGGGGAGACAUUGCGAAGGAAUUUUAUUGGAAGACCCCAUGCCCUGGCCCAUUUCUCCAGUACAACUUUGAUGUGACUAAAGGGAAAAUCUUCAUUGAGUGGAUGAAAGGAGCAACUACCAACAUCUGCUACAAUGUAUUGGAUCGAAAUGUCUAUGAGAAAAAACUUGGAGAUAAAGUUGCUUUUUACUGGGAGGGCAAUGAGCCAGGGGAGACCACCCAGAUCACAUAUCGCGAGCUUCUCGUCCAAGUAUGUCGGUUCAGCAAUGUUCUCCGAAAACAGGGCAUUCGAAAGGGUGAUCGGGUGUCCAUCUACAUGCCCAUGAUCUUGGAGCUUGUGGUGGCCAUGCUGGCAUGUGCCCGCCUUGGGGCUUUGCACUCCAUUGUGUUUGCAGGCUUCUCUGCAGAGUCUCUGUGUGAACGGAUCCUGGAUUCCAGUUGCAGCCUUCUUAUCACUACAGAUGCCUUCUACAGGGGGGAAAAGCUUGUGAACCUGAAGGAACUGGCUGACGAGGCCCUGGAGAAGUGUCGAGAGAAGGGUUUCCCAGUGAAAUGCUGCAUUGUGGUCAAGCACCUGGGGCGGGCAGAACUGGGCAUGGGUGCCUCUCCCAGCCAAUCUCCCCCAAUUAAGAGGUCGUGCCCGGAUGUCCAGGGUAAGCUGAAAGAGAAAUCCAAGCGUGUCCGGCCCCAGAUCUCUUGGAACCAAGGGAUUGACUUGUGGUGGCAUGAACUCAUGCAAGAGGCAGGGGAUGAGUUUGAGCCUGAGUGGUGUGAUGCCGAGGACCCACUCUUCAUCCUGUACACUAGUGGCUCCACAGGCAAACCCAAGGGUGUGGUACACACAGUUGGGGGCUACAUGCUUUAUGUGGCCACAACCUUCAAGUAUGUGUUUGACUUCCAUGCAGAAGACGUGUUCUGGUGCACAGCAGACAUUGGCUGGAUCACUGGCCAUUCCUAUGUCACUUAUGGGCCACUGGCCAAUGGUGCCACCAGUGUUCUGUUUGAGGGGAUCCCCACAUACCCGGAUGUGAGCCGCCUGUGGAACAUUGUGGACAAAUACAAGGUGACCAAGUUCUACACAGCACCCACGGCCAUCCGUCUGCUCAUGAAGUACGGAGACGAGCCUGUCACCAAGCACAGCCGGGCAUCCUUGAAGGUGCUAGGCACUGUGGGUGAGCCCAUCAACCCUGAGGCCUGGCUGUGGUACCAUCGGGUGGUAGGUGCCCAGCGCUGCCCCAUCGUGGACACCUUCUGGCAAACAGAGACGGGUGGCCACAUGCUGACUCCCCUCCCAGGUGCCACACCCAUGAAGCCUGGUUCUGCUUCCUUCCCAUUCUUUGGCGUGGCUCCUGCAAUCCUGAAUGAGUCUGGGGAAGAGUUGGAAGGUGAAGCUGAAGGUUAUCUGGUAUUCAAGCAGCCCUGGCCAGGGAUCAUGCGCACAGUCUAUGGGAACCACGCACGCUUUGAGACCACCUACUUUAAGAAGUUUCCUGGGUACUACGUGACAGGAGAUGGCUGCCGGCGGGACCAGGACGGCUAUUACUGGAUCACUGGCAGGAUUGAUGACAUGCUCAAUGUAUCUGGACACCUGCUAAGUACAGCGGAAGUGGAGUCAGCGCUUGUGGAACACGAGGCUGUUGCAGAGGCGGCCGUGGUGGGCCACCCUCAUCCUGUGAAGGGCGAAUGCCUCUACUGCUUUGUCACCCUCUGUGAUGGCCACACCUUCAACUCUACCCUCACGGAAGAACUCAAGAAACAGAUUAGAGAAAAGAUUGGCCCUAUUGCCACACCAGACUACAUUCAGAAUGCACCUGGCUUGCCUAAAACCCGCUCAGGGAAAAUCAUGAGACGAGUGCUUCGGAAGAUUGCUCAGAAUGACCAUGACCUGGGGGAUACAUCUACUGUGGCUGACCCGUCUGUCAUCAGUCACCUCUUCACCCACCGCUGCCUGACCAUCCAGUGAACAAGACUCUGCCUUUUCCCGAUUCCCUCCACUUGGCUCUCCAAAGUUCUGCCCAUCCUCCUUGCCCUCAUCCAGGAGUGCCGAGGGCCAGUGCUGACCCAACCACCUCCCUCAACCAGCUGUCUGGGACCAGGAACCAACUUUGUCCCUGGGUAGAGACAAUUUCCUGUGACUACCAGGCAGAAGGGACACUGCCUCAGACUCCUGUGUCUCCAAACUGCAAAGAGCUCCCAGAGCCCAGGGCAGGGACCUGAAGGCCAUGUCUCCAACCCAAGUGUUUGGAGGGCAAGUGAGAGUGUAGACUGAAGAAGGGAGACAGCUAUGUCAUCCACAUCAACUCUCUCAGGAAGCACCAGUACUUACCUUGGGCACACACUUGCCCUUAAAUUUGAGUCCAGGAAUAAGUGGCCAUUAUUUCUUGAAUACAUGGCUGAUUGUGUUCUGGGUCUGAACUUUCUUUUGUGCCAGAUGGCAAUGCUAUCUGCCCAUUUGCCUCAGGCGCUGUGCAGGCAGGUUCCGAGAGGGUUUUCAGAUCAUCUACUUCUUUGAAGGAGUAGAUGUGUUGAUGUGUGUCCUCAAGCCCUGUGGUUGUAGGAAUAAAGUCUGUGACCUCAAAAA